AUGAGCCUCUUCCUCUUCCAUCAGCAGCAGAUCGCACUUCACUCCGACGACAUCGCGUCCCUCCCGCCCUACAGGGCCUCUGGAUCCUCGAGGAGCAAGCUCGAUGCUCGCCUUGCCCUCAGCAGGAGCCCAGCAGAGGGCGGGAAGGUCGCCGUGGAUGACUUGCGAGCCCCCCGUGUGGUGGAGGAUGCUUCGGCAAGCAGAAAUGUCUUGAGUGACAUGCUCGCGAGCCUGGCGGCUUCUGCUAAGACAGAGGCGACGAUCCACCAGACGUUCGUGCCGGCUUCAUGGCUGCAGGGGAAGGGGCUGGAGGAAGUGCUGAAGGGGUAA